AUACCCGUGUAGAUAGAUCGUCUUUGGCUACUUCUAAAAUGCCAUCAGUAAAUCAAACUUUAUCCUAAAUUCCGGUCCUUCCUCAGGCCAUCCGAGCAUGAAGUGCUGUGACCUACCCGCAUUAACUCGCUGCAACGCUGGUCCACGCGGGUCGUGCCCGCUGCAUGCCUAGACCACGGCUGCCAUCCGUCUGGACAGUGUCCCCGGAGACGCCUGAGCGAGAUGUCCAGGGCUCAGAUCUCGGCUCUGGUGUUCGGCGUCGGGGGCUUUGGCGCUCUCGUCGCGGCCACCGCGUCCAAUGAGUGGAAAGUAACCACCCGAGCAUCCUCCGUGAUAACGGCCACUUGGGUUUACCAGGGGCUCUGGAUGAACUGCGCAGGCAACGCGCUGGGUUCUUUCCACUGCCGACCGCACUUUACUAUCUUCAAAGUAGAAGGUUACAUCCAGGCGUGUAGAGGACUUAUGAUUGCCGCUGUCAGCCUGGGCUUUUUCGGUUCCAUAUUCGCCCUGAUUGGCAUGAAAUGUACCAAAGUCGGAGGCUCAGAUAAAGCCAAAGCUAAAAUUGCUUGUUUGGCUGGGAUUGUAUUCAUACUGUCAGGGCUGUGCUCAAUGACCGGGUGUUCCCUGUAUGCAAACAAAAUCACAACAGAAUUCUUUGAUCCCCUCUUCGUGGAGCAAAAGUACGAGUUAGGAGCUGCUCUGUUUAUUGGAUGGGCAGGAGCCUCACUCUGCAUAAUUGGUGGUGUCAUAUUUUGCUUUUCAAUAUCUGACAACAACAAAGCACCCAGAAUGGGAUACACGUACAAUGGGGCCACAUCUGUCAUGUCUUCUCGGACAAAGUAUCACGGCAGAGAAGGAGAUUUUAAAACCUCAAACCCUUCAAAACAGUUUGACAAAAAUGCUUAUGUCUAAAAAGAGAGCUGCCUUCAAGCUGUGUCUUGAGCUUGUCCUAAACGUGAACUGUUCACAAAAUGAUGCCAUCAAGGUCCUCCUAUAAUUAACACUCAAACUAUUUUUAAAAUAUGAAGAAUUUGUUGAUUCUUGGAUGUAAAUGUUCUUCUAUAGUUACAUACUAAUCACUUUCUGUUGUGGCUUUCUAUAAAAAAAAAUAAACAGGCUAUUUACAAGAUUUGUAUAUAUCUUAUACAUCUGUGUUUAACACCAAAGAUUCCAGCAGUGUUCAUAAUGUAGCCUUCUUAAUCACCCAGACCUUGCAGUAUUUGUCCCUAUUUUUUAUGUGUUUUUCCCUUCAUAUAUUAAACAGAGUGUAUUGAGGAGUCAUGACUUGUAAACAGUAUGGGGGUUAUCUGAGACUAUUCCUCAGAUGUCUGCGUUGAAUGGACAUGUACUGGCUGGGCAGAGCUGAUUUUUAGUUGGUGACAUCUGUCUGUCACCACUGUUGCUUCUCAACGGCUGCUCCAGGAAGAGCUUAUGGGGCCAAGGUGCUACUGCCCACUACCCGGCGGGUCCUCCUUAAAUACCUCCUCCUCUGGUAUAGAGAGACCUGGAUAUGCUGGUCAUGGCCGACUCUGAGGCUGACAGAGGAGGGCCUGGGGCCGCACAGUCCCUACCUCACUCAGAAAUAAUGGACCGAGUUCCUGAGGACCUGUGUCACUCAGGCCGUGUGUGGAACCAACUGGCAGUGGAGAGACAGCCUUUUUUUCAAGACGUGUUAAGUUCCUCCAGGGAUCUCUGACUAAAGACAAUGUUUUAUUACUCAAGCCAGCCCUUUCAUCUCAUAUCCACAGGGCAAUAGUUACCUCAGCCUGUGUGUGCCCGUCGCUGCUCUAAACGCUGUGUGCCCUCACUCACUGCAGUCUCAUAGCUACCCUCUGAGGUAAGUACUGUAGGACCCUGAACUGACAGAGGAUGAAAUGAAAGCAGAGAAGUUGAAGUGACUUGCCAUAGCAAGUGACAAAACUUCAAGGACUUUGAACUGAGGCAGUCUAGGGUGAGGUAUACAGUCUCAAGCUGUGGCUACAAAUCGUUUAGCCGUGUCAUCUGUGACUCAGGUACCCGACAAUACCAGUCACAGCGUGGGUGACUGUGACAUCUUCCUCAAGCCUGAAGGACUUAAAAAGGAAAAAUCACAUUGUUUGGAGGUGCUCACUGAAAAGAAAAUGUGGAUGAGUUUAUUACUGAUACAGUAAACUUUUUUUCCCAGACCAUGAUAAUACUUAAAUCCUUUUUCCGGAGAUACAAAUGAACUGAAAACCACUGAGGGAGGCUAGGUGCUAUAAGCCAAUGUGGGCACAGGGUUUGGUGAAUGUGUGUUUAAAACAAAUUUUUAAAUUUUAGAGCUGUACUGGUGAAGAAAAUAUUUGACUGUAUUGAACUAUCAUAGCUUCUGAAGAAUUUAGGGCGAGAAGGGGUCAAAGUACAGAAAAACUGUCAGGAGCCAGAAACAUUAGCCAUGUGUCCAUGACAGGAAAUAUAAGGUGAUGGUCCUAAGGAAAAUGAGCAAACCAAUCAUGACAGGACUAAACAGAAUAUCAGUUUUUGCGACACAGACACAUAAAGAUUUGGGUUACUUAGC